AGUCUGCUAUGGUUUCACAACUCAAACGAAAAUAAACAUAACCUAAACCUAUCUUGAGUACAACAAGUCGAAGGUCGUUUGUCUGUUACAAUCAUUAUCUUUUAUCAGUUAGUAAUUGUUAAGUAAUUAUUUGUAGACUAUUAUUGAAUACACAUAGUGAAUUUUGAGUAUUACUAAUUAUGCAGUUGCAAUAAUAUUUGUGGAAGUGAAAUGAAAGUAAGUAAGAUGUGAUGUUUACAAGGAAGUGACUAUCAACUUCAUUUUCUUUAGCUUUCAAUAAAUUGAUUUUAUAAACUAGACAAUCCAAUAUAGUACAAUUAUAAAACGUUUUAUCCAUUUCCUACCAUUUAUUUUAAUUGUAGAAAAUUGUUUUGGCCAAAUACGGAACUAUCAUUGUUGAAAAAUGCGUAAAAGAGUUGUGAUAACAGGGUUAGGGUUAGUUUCGCCGGUAGGCUGUACAGUCAGAACUGCUUGGAAUACUAUUAUUACUGGAGGUAAUGGUAUUUCUAGACUAACUGGAGAUGAAUAUUCUAAUUUACCAUGCCAAGUUGCUGCAACUAUCCCUAAAGGAACUGAAGAUGGUUGUUUAAAUAUUUUAGAACAUUUUAAGGAAAGUGAACUUCGCAACAUUGCUCCAGCUAGUGUUUACAGUUUAAUAGCAGCUAAACAAGCUUUAGAAGACUCAAAAUGGUUACCAGAGGGUGAAACUGAUAAGGAUGAUACUGGUGUUUGUGUUGGUAUGGGAAUGGUAGAUUUGGUGAAUAUUUGUGAAAGUAAUGACGCUUUAAAACGAGGUUACAAUCGUGUCAGUCCUUACUUUGUUCCUCGUAUCCUUCCAAACAUGGCUGCCGGUCUAAUUAGUAUAAAAUACGGACUACGAGGGCCCAAUCAUGCUGUUUCCACCGCUUGUGCAACGGGGGCUCACGCAAUAGGGGACGCUUUCAAGUUCAUACAAAAUGAUUACGCCAAAGUUAUGGUUUGUGGAGGGACCGACGCUUGUAUUAACCCUCUGUCCAUAGCAGGGUUUUCAAGGUGUCGGGCCCUCAGUACAGGGUUCAAUGAGACUCCCAAAAAAUCUUCUAGACCGUUUGAUAAGCAACGAGAUGGGUUUGUUAUGGGGGAGGGGUCGGCAGUGUUGAUUUUGGAAGAGUUAGAACAUGCUCUGGAGAGGGAAGCACGGAUUUAUGGGGAAGUUUUGGGGUACGGACUGUCAGGGGAUGGUUCACAUAUGACUUCCCCCAGUAAAGAUGGCAGGGGGGCUAUAUUAGCAAUGAAACGAGCAUUAAAAGACGCAGAUCUUCAACCCAGUGACAUCACCUACGUUAACGCACAUGCAACCUCCACCCCGUUAGGUGAUGCAAUAGAGUUGAAAGCAAUCAAAACGGUGAUGGGUGAUCAUGUGAAAAAUGUUGCCGUUUCUUCGACCAAGGGUGCUCAUGGACAUUUGUUAGGAGCUGCCGGUAACGUGGAAGCCAUAUUCACUGUGAAGGCUUGUGAAACGGGUGAAAUUCCACCGACGAUAAAUUUGGAAAAUGUCUGUGAUGAAGGGAGGGAUUUGAAUUGUGUGGCCAAUGAGAAACAGGAUUGGAACUGGGAGAGACGGAUAGCUCUGAAGAAUUCUUUCGGGUUCGGUGGGACUAAUGCUUGCCUGUGUUUGUCGAACUUUGUCAGGUAAAAUUUGUAUCUUUAGAAAAUUUGUAAUAAAAAGAUGAUAUGAAAA